UCAGUGUACAGUGGUCAGUCUCUGAAUAUUCGAAAGCAUCAAACCUUCAUCAUGCCGCCGAAAGUCAGUGGUAAAGCUGUGAAGAAAGCUGGUAAAGCCCAGAAGAACAUUAAUAAAACCGACAAGAAGAAGAAGAGGAGGAGGAAGGAAAGUUACGCAAUUUACAUCUACAAAGUGCUCAAGCAAGUUCAUCCUGAUACUGGAAUAUCCAGCAAAGCAAUGAGCAUCAUGAACAGCUUCGUCAAUGACGUUUUCGAACGUAUUGCAGCGGAAGCUUCAAGAUUGGCACAUUACAACAAACGUUCAACAAUUACGUCUCGGGAAAUUCAAACUGCAGUAAGACUGUUACUACCUGGUGAACUGGCAAAACACGCAGUCAGCGAAGGCACCAAGGCAGUGACUAAAUAUACCAGCUCCAAAUAAGCAGAAUACUUUUCUGCUAUCCAAAAACGGUCCUUUUCAGGACCAACAAAUAUUAGAUACGUGUGGAACAAUUUUCUUGUGUUAAAAUUGAAACUUCUCUCACCAAAAAAAUCCUUUCUAUAUUUAAGUAAAUUAUCUUAAUAUUCUGAUACUUCUAAACAAAAAU